AUGUCUACCCUAGAAGACCUCGAUGACAUGGAGCGUGAAGAGAAGGAUCAGAAGAAGGAUCAAGACGGCGAUGAUAAGAAGACGCCUGGAGGAGACGGCUCCAAAGACGAAGAAAUGAAAGACGCGGAUGGUGAGAAGAAGAAGAAGGAGGAAGACGAUGUGAUAGACCUUGAUAUCCUGCGAUCAAGCACAGUUGACAUUAUCAACCGACGGCGAAUGCUGGAGAACGAGCUGAAGAUCAUGAAGUCUGAAUUUCAGAGGUUGAAGCAUGAAGAGACAACAAUGAAGGAUAAGAUCAAGGACAAUACAGAUAAGAUUGAGAACAACAGGCAAUUACCAUACCUUGUUGGAAAUGUUGUCGAGCUUCUAGAUCUUGAUGUCGAAGCUGAAGCUGCUGAAGAAGGUGCCAACAUUGACUUGGACGCCACUCGGGUCGGCAAAUCUGCCGUCAUCAAAACAUCAACAAGACAAACCAUCUUUCUACCAUUGAUAGGCCUUGUUGACCACAAUGCGCUCAAACCGGGUGACCUGAUCGGCGUCAACAAAGACUCCUACUUGGUACUGGACACCUUGCCAGCCGAGUAUGACUCAAGAGUGAAGGCUAUGGAGGUGGAUGAGAAGCCUACAGAGAAAUACGGCGACGUUGGUGGUUUAGACAAGCAGAUGGACGAGCUUGUCGAAGCAGUGGUCUGGCCUAUGAAGGAAGCUGAGCGCUUCAAGAAAAUCGGUAUCAAAGCGCCUAAAGGCGCUCUUAUGUACGGCCCUCCGGGAACAGGAAAGACCCUUCUUGCCCGUGCCUGCGCAGCGGAAACCAACGCUACCUUUCUCAAACUUGCCGGCCCUCAGCUGGUACAGAUGUUUAUUGGAGACGGUGCAAAACUAGUACGAGAUUGUUUCGCCCUCGCAAAGGAGAAGGCGCCAUCAAUCAUCUUCAUCGACGAACUCGAUGCAGUCGGAACCAAGCGAUUUGACUCUGAGAAAAGUGGCGACAGGGAAGUGCAGAGGACGAUGUUGGAACUACUUAACCAGCUUGAUGGGUUUGCAUCCGAUGACCGUGUCAAAGUCCUCGCAGCUACGAAUCGAGUGGAUGUUCUGGAUCCCGCGCUUCUCCGAUCAGGGCGCCUAGACCGAAAGAUCGAAUUUCCCCUGCCAAAUGAAGAGGCGCGAGCACAGAUCUUGAGAAUCCACAGCAGAAAGAUGACUGUCGACGAUGCAGUUAAUUGGGGCGAGCUGGCAAGAUCGACAGACGAAUUUGGUGGUGCUCAAUUGAAGGCUGUCUGCGUCGAAGCUGGUAUGAUUGCGCUGAGGCAAGGCAAGAAUAAGAUCAAUCAUGAAAACUAUGUUGAUGCUAUUGCAGAAGUACAGGCGAAGAAGAAGGACACUGUGAAUUUCUACGCAUAG